AUGGAUUCAAUGAACAACUGGUUGGGAUUCUCUCUCUCACAUCAACAACAACAACAACAACAACAACAGCAAGAUCACUCUCAGAACUCGGUUCUUUCUGAUAAUCAAACUCAGCUAGGGUUCAACUCGGAUGAAUUAUUAUUAUCUGCCGGUGGUGGUGGUGGUGGUGGUAAUAGUAACUCCGAUCAUAAUCAAUGCUUCGAUCUCAUCACUUCCGACGACUCCACCACCCUUCCUCCGGCCGCCGCCGCCACCCCUUUCUCCAUUUUUCAAGCUUUCAACUCAAACCCUCAUCAUUCUCAAGAUAAUUGGAAUAUGAACUCGUAUUCAUGCAGCCCGCACCAAAAUCAAGAAACCCCAAAACUUGAGAAUUUCCUCGGCGUACAUGGCGGCCAAACCCAUUUCACCGACCACUACCAUAUCAACGGCGGCGGCGCUAAUCGCUACACCCCAUACCAAGAAGCUGAGCCGCCGGCCGCCGGAAACAACAGUACUAUGGGUUUAUCUAUGAUAAAGAACUGGCUGAGGAACAACAGCAGCAACCCUCUUCCACCGCCGACGACGGAAGCAGUAGAUAAUGAGGCGGCGGUGGUGGUGGCAGGCGGUGGCGGUGCGCAGACACUGUCGCUUUCAAUGAGCACAGGCGGCGGCGGCGGCUCUCAGUCGUCAGAUAAUAACAAAUUACACCAGUCUGGUAAUAGUAAUAAUAAUACUGCAGCAGCAGCAGCAGCAGCUGCAGCUGACAGUUGUACUCAGAGCAGUGGUGGUGGUACAGUUGAAUCUGUGCCAAGAAAAUCUAUUGAAACAUUUGGACAAAGAACUUCUAUCUACCGUGGUGUUACAAGGCAUAGAUGGACAGGGAGAUAUGAAGCACAUUUAUGGGAUAAUAGUUGCAGAAGAGAGGGACAAACUCGCAAAGGAAGGCAAGUUUACUUGGGAGGUUAUGACAAGGAAGAUAAGGCUGCUAGAGCUUAUGAUUUAGCAGCACUGAAAUACUGGGGAACCACCACUACUACAAAUUGCCCUAUCAGCAACUACGAAAAGGAAAUCGAAGAAAUGAAGCACAUGACAAGGCAGGAAUUCAUAGCAUCCUUAAGAAGGAAGAGCAGUGGAUUCUCUCGUGGCGCAUCGAUUUAUCGAGGUGUUACAAGACACCAUCAGCAUGGAAGAUGGCAAGCAAGAAUUGGAAGAGUUGCUGGAAAUAAAGACCUUUACUUAGGAACUUUCAGCACACAAGAGGAAGCUGCAGAAGCGUACGACAUCGCGGCGAUAAAAUUCCGAGGCCUAAACGCAGUGACAAAUUUCGAGAUAAACCGGUACGACGUCAAAAGCAUAUUAGAGAGCACCACCCUCCCGAUCGGUGGUGCCGCCAAGCGAUUAAAAGAUGCGGAGAAUGCCGAGAUCGCCCUCCAAAUCCAACGAGCCGAAGAAGCGAACAGUGCGUUGACUAUUAGCAACCACAUAUAUAACAUGAACAACAUUAGUAAUGGAGUGUAUGGUGGUAAUAACAACGGUUUCCAGAGCCAAUCACAGCCGUUGAUCGGGAUGUACCCUUACGGAUCAAAUCAACGGCUCUGGUGCAAACAAGAGCAACACGAUUCCGGAUUUCACGAUAUUCAUAAUCAGCAGCAGCUUCAACUGGGAAACUAUACUCAGAACUUCUUGCAGCCUUCUUCGGUUUUGCACAAUUUGAUGAGCAUGGAUUCGAAUAGUUCGGUCGAGCAGAGCUCGGAUUCCAAUGCCGGUGUUUAUGGGAAUGGAUUCACGAUGCCGAUGAUGAAUCCGAUUGCGGAGGGCGGAUUUGAGGAGAGCGUGUUUGGAGGGAGUUCGUAUAAUCAACAUGCGAGGAGUCUGUAUUAUCAGCAAUCUUCUUCGCCUCCGCCAACCGGGGUUCCGAAAAACGGGAUUUAUAAUAGUGCUAGCGAUCAUAAUAAUAACGGAUGGAUACCUACGGCUGUUCCGACAACGACUUUUACGGUGUGGAACAAUACGUAA